AGCCCCCCCCCGGGAGCGCCGUUCGCCCCAACGACCGUCCGGCUGCUGGGGCGGGCGGGCGCUCCUCCUGCGCGCGCGGACAGCCAGGGGGCGGCGCCUGCCGGGCCCCUCCCGUCGGGGCGCGGGGCAGGCCGGGAAGCGCCGGGCGGGAAUGGCGGGGCUGGAGCUGCUGUCGGAGCAGGGCUACCGCGUGGACGGGCGGCGCGCCGGCGAGCUCCGGCAGAUCCGCGCCCGCAUGGGCGUCUUCGCGCAAGCCGACGGCUCCGCCUACCUGGAGCAGGGCAACACCAAGGCGCUGGCCGUCGUCUACGGGCCCCACGAGACGCGCGGCUCCCGGAGCAAGGCGCCGCCGGACCAGGCGCUGGUCAACUGCCAGUUCAGCAUGGCCACCUUCAGCACGGGCGAGCGCAAGCGGCGGCCCCACGGCGACCGCAAGUCCAGCGAGAUGACGCUGCACCUGAAGCAGACCUUCGAGGCCGCCAUCCUCACGCAGCUCUUCCCGCGCUCCCAGAUCGACGUCUACGUGCAGAUCUUGCAGGCGGACGGCGGGAACUACUGCGCCUCGGUGAACGCCGCCACCCUCGCGGUGAUCGACGCCGGGAUCCCGCUGCGCGACUACGUCUGCGCCAGUUCCGCGGGCUUCGUGGAGGACAGCCCGCUGGCCGACCUGAACUACAUCGAGGAGGCGGCCGGGGGCCCGCAGCUGGCGCUGGCGCUGCUGCCCAAGGCCGACCAGAUCGCCCUGCUGGAGCUGAACGGCCGGCUGCACGAGGACCACCUGGAGCGCCUCACCGAAGCCGCCAGCAAGGCCUGCCGGGACGUCCACGCCGUGCUGGACCGGGUGGUGCGGGAGCACCUGCGCGAAGGGGCGGCUCUCCCGGGGAACUGAACCCGAGGGGCUCCCUUGGACUGCGGCCCGCCCCGCCGCCUUUACUCGGACCGCUUCGCCCCGGCUGGGGCUUUGUAUGCCUGUCCCGAACACGCGUCUUCCAAAUAAACGUCUGGAAUGAA